GCAAAAGGGGAGUUAAUGCAGAAUCUCUUUUUAAAAUUCAUGUACAUAAGUGGAAAAAUGGCUAGAGGACCUUGUUAAUGGGUACUGUUGGAACUUCUGAUUCAUCUGCAGAAUUAGAUGUGGAACUGAAAACCCAAUCUGCUGUAACUCACUGCACAAACCAUCUACUGAAAAAUAUCUAGCUAUGAAAUGAAAUCCCUUAUCAUGAAAAACAUUAUAUUUGACUGCCAAGUGACAGGAACUAUUGUCUGUACUUUUAAGAUACUUUAAAUUGUAACACAGAACCCUGAGUUAUGUAUCAACUUCUAUUUGCUUGAAAGAACAAUAAGGCAGAAUUCUAGAGCAGCAGAAAAAUCACUUUAGCAUGCCCUUUUUAACAUUGCUGAUUUCUGACUUAUGAGCUUAAUUCUCUAAAAAUUGCCUUAUUGUAUUGAUAUUAAAAGAUCAGAGCAAAAAUACCACUGAGGGAAAAAAAAAAAAAAAACAAAAACAACUAAACAGGCAUUUGCAACAAGGGCAGCACACUCCAGCUUCACCAGAAAAUGUGAAUUGUAUUUUAUUUCAGCAAACAUAAUUUAGCCCGAUUUAUCCACUUCCCUCCAUGUUAAAAAACAAAAAUAUAUCUUUUAGGAAAACCACAUUUUGAUUGAACCCAGACGGAAGACAGGAUAUGGAUUGCGUAUGUAAGAAAUAACAUUGAGUGGUUUUUGAUCGGUGGGAGUAUUGCCUCACGAGCUGGGCUUUGGGAAAUGGUGUCCAAUUUUCUAACUUGCAAUGGAAAUUCCCUCAAUUUUCUUAGAGUAUUUUACUUCUGUAAACCUGGACUGACUGCAGAAAGCUAUUAAAUACCGACGUCUUAAAAGCUGAAAUUAAUUUCUGAUUGUGGAUUAAGUCUUGGAUUAAGAUUGUGGAAAGUAGAUGCACUGCGCGCGUUUUAGAGAACACCAGGGAGCUACAGAACCCAGCCAGCAACUUCCGAGCAGCAGGAGCUGCCUUUCAGGAAAUCAACAGGAACCACCGGGGCGGGGCCUGGCGCGGCCGCACCGCCCUCAGGCGAGCGGGAGAUUCGAAGGGCGGCGGCGGCGGCCAUGGUGGAGGGCCCGGGCUGCGCGCUGUGCGCCGAGCGCCUGCGGGCGCGCCUGCGCCGCGGACAGCGCGUGCGGGCCGCGCGGGGCGGCGCGGUGAGGGCACGGGCACGGGCACGGGCACGGGCACGGGCACGGGCACGGGAAGAGGCGCGGCCCCGCCCGGCGACCGGGACAGCGCAGGGCAAGGCAGCCGCCUCGGGCAGCGGAGGCCCAGCGCUUUUGCUCACUGCUGCAAGUAACGAGAGAAUCUCUGGUCAUGAUUUCCUUGUUGGACAUGUUUACAGGGGUGUGGAGACAUUGGGAAAGGAACUUUUUAUGUAUUUUGAUCAGAAAGCUUUGAGGAUUCACUUUGGUAUGAAUGGUUCCAUGCACAUUAAUCCUGUUGGAAGCAAAGACAGAAAUGGAGCACAACCAAUUUUGGAGAUACAGCUUACGGAGGAUACUGUUUGUUUUUGGGAUGUGACAGUAGAGUAUAGAAAUGCAGCUGAGUGUGAGCAAAAAGUGAGGAUGAUGGAAAGUUUGGAUGUCUGUUCUCCAAAGUUCAGCUUCUCUAGAGCAGAACAUGAGAUUAAGCAGCAGAACACCCGUAUGUUGUGUGAUGUGUUACUGGACCAAGCAGUAUUACCUGGAGUGGGAAAUAUCAUAAAAAAUGAAGCACUGUUUGAUAGUGGUCUUCAUCCAGCUCUUAAGGUCUGCCAGCUGACAGAUGAACAUAUACGUCACUUGGUAAAAAUGACACGUGAUUUUACCCUGCUUUUUUAUAAGUGCCGCAAAACGGGCUCCCCGCUGUACAAACACUACAAAGUGUACAAGCGCCCGGCCUGCAGGGAGUGCAGUGGCAGCAUCACCGUGUGUCGUCUGGGAGACCACAGCAGGAUGACUUACUUCUGCUCUCGGUGUCAAAAGGCAGAUCCCCAGCUCGUCAAUCUUAGCGAACUGCCAGCUAGAAAUAGCCUAAUUGGCUGGGCAUAUGGCAGGGGGUCAUGUUCUAAUGAACAUGUGGCUCGGAAAUCUGAAGAGGAGUGGACGUGUAUGCGCUGCACCCUAAUAAACAAGCCUUCUGCUGAAAUUUGUGAUGCCUGUUUGACUUCAAGACCUGAAGUUCCAAAGAUGGAGAGUUUUGAAGAUUCUGCAGCCUUUAACACAAACCUAAUGAAGUACCCUUGUAAUGAUUUCAGAAAACCAAGCACAGAAAUAAAGAUCAAUAGGAAAACUGCAUUUGGAACUACAACUCUUGUCUUAACAGAUCUUGGAAACAAAACUGUUUUGAGAAAUGACACCCAGGUAUCUGGUGGACACUCUCAUUGUGUUAUUCUGAAAAGCAAUUGUAAACAGAUCCAAAGCAAUGCCUGUCUAUCAGGGGGAAGCACAGACAAGGACUGCUCAACACAUGUAACUGCUCUGGCUUCAUCCUCCUGUCAGCAGCCUGUCUGUUUGAAACACAUACAGAAGAAACAGAAAACUGAUCAUGUACCCUUGGUUCACCCAUAUAACAUAGCAAUCAGCGCACCUCAAACUAAUGUGACAGAUACUCGUAUGUUGAGCAUGGGGCAUCCUCGCUGCAGUAAACACAGCCGUCUCUGCAGCCUCAGAGUUGUGAGAAAGGAUGGAGAAAACAAGGGAAGGCAGUUUUAUUGCUGCCCUCUCCCCAGGGAAACUCGGUGUGACUACUUUCAGUGGGCCGACUUGGAUUUUCCAUUUUGUAACCAUGGCAAGCGAUGUGUUAUGAAGACUGUAUUGAAGAUUGGUCCCAAUAAUGGAAAGAACUUUUUUGUGUGCCCUCUUGGGAAGGAAAAACAGUGUGGCUUCUUCCAAUGGGCAGAAAAUGGGCCAGGUUUGCAGAUUCUUCCAUGAUGCUCAUGUUACAGUUACCUUUUCUUCAGGAUGUCUUAAGUGCAUGCAACAUUCGUAGUAAUUUCUGUUUUGUUCUUUUUCCUUUUUGUUCACUCUAGUAAAAGAGCUCCAAUGUAAAGAACAGAUCUAGAAAGAGUAAUUUUACAUAGUCCUAUAAAAAUUACACACUGCUGGUGUGCUGUCUACAAUUUUGAAAUAAACAUUUAGCUUGCAACAUAUUGUGACAUACUAUUGUAUUUCUAAUAAAAAAUUGCACUAUUUCCUUUUUUAUGUAUUGUUUUAAACUGUUUUAAAUGUUCAUAUUCAUUGUUUUAAAUUUUCUUAAGUAUAAACAUGUAUUUAACAGAGGUGAAUAAAAAUAUACUUUAUUAAAUACCACUUUGUGCUUUCUCAGAGCUUAAGAUGAAACAGCGAUGAACUGUACAAUUCAAAUGUUACUCUAGUUGAUUGACCUUGCUUAGGUUUGGAAGACAAAGACAAAAAACUGCCCUGAAAUAAAUAACAUGGCUCUUUGGUUUUCUAAAUUAUAUAUUCUAAAUCCAUAUCUUAAUGUUUUCUUCUAGUUGCUACUGAACAUAUUUUUCCCCCAUCCAUAUGUAAUGGAUAAUAAAGUCAUACCUCGAAGGUGGUUCAAACUCAGUUUAUGUUUGUUGGAUUGACCGCUAUUUUGCUGAAGCAAGGGGUAAAGUAAAUAGAAUAUGCUAAGCUAUCAAAUCAGGAACAGAAUUCUUCAAAUGUCUAGAAAGCGUACUACAGAUAGCAAGGAAAAUGAGGCUAAUGAAGAAAUGGUCAUAGCUUCAUACAUCAUUCAAUUGCAAUCAGUUAUUAAUUGAAAAUAAUGAGAAGUAGUGUUCCUUCCCAGCAAAAAUAUGUGGGAUGAAGCACAUUUAAAAGCACCUUGCAAAUGGUUCUUUGGUCUGUGCAAAUACUUGUGGUGUUUUGUUUUGUUUUAUGGGGAAGGAUUACUUGAUUUUCUUGAGAACAUCAUAUAACUUCAGUUCAAUUUAAAUCUUCCAGUCCAUGAUGCAAGGGAAACCGGAAAUUGAAAAUUCUUUUCCUAAGCAGCACAAAUUCAGAGGCCUUUUUUCUUCCUCUUUUCAGUAGCCUUUGAUUCCUUUGAAAUCUUUCAAAACUUUCCUUACAUGAAAGAAAUCUUUUUAAUCAGACUGUAGAAACUAUAAUCUUUAUGUUGCUCAAUGGCCUCUUUCCAAAUAAUAUAUCUCUUUCAUGAGGUACAGAACUCCACCUGAGAACAAAAGAAGCUACUUCACAUGGUGAAGACUGAUUUUUCCAUUUCCACCUCUUUCUAUGAUGCUUCUUGUUACAAUGAUAUGUUCUGCUAGCUUGUGCUUAUACAUCUAAAUCUUUAAAAUUGCUAUCUAACUGGUUCCUCACUUGUAUUUGUACAAUUCAUUAUGGUGAUAAAAUGUUUGAUUAUUUUUAAAUUGUACAUGCUUUUGGAUGUCUGGCACAGGGAUAAAUCUUCAGUAGUUCAGUUGAAGUUGAAAAAUAAAAAAGCAAUACAACCAUUUUUGAUUACUUGCCUUCUGCGAAUGCUUAGAUUUCUCUAAAGCUGGAAGUUAAAUGACUUUUUCAAACUUUAACACAUGAAAAAUAACAGUUGGGCUCUUACAUAUAUUUUUUUUUUUAACUUAAGAGCCGGACAAGUAGUAUCUGUUAAAUAAACUGCAUACAAGUUUUAAAGGAUUAAGUGCUUUUAUUAGCUAUUGCAAUCACUUUUUCUGUUCUUGUAUUUCUUGAAUAUGCUGUAUUUUUUUUUAUUUAAUCUGUUUUGAAGGGGUGGUAUAUUUGUACCACCCUGAUUUUGCUAUAUAUACCAACUGUGUAAUGUCACAAGGUGAGAAAUGGCAGACAGGGAAAUCAAAGGGGAAGUGUACUAGCACGUGAAGGAAUCUUUCUUUUUUACAGUUACAGGGAGCAGGAAACUAAACAAGAGUCAGUGAAUUCUAAUUCACUAGAUAUCUCUGCAAACCUUACUGCUUCUGCCAACACUGCUUUUUAAAUUUUUUUUGGCUUUUUUUUUUUUUUUCCUUAGAGAAGAGGCACUUUGUAGCUUGUUUAACAAGGUCUGGCUGAUAGCUGAUUGUAACAAGUUUUGACCAUAAAAAGCUGGC